AUGACAAGAGUUGGACCCUUGAUAUGGUUUUGGUCUUUAACUAUUUUACCAUUUACUGCUAUUCUUACAUUUAUUUCGACCUUGAUAAUAUGUAUUCAUGUUCCAAAUAAUGCACCAGCCGAUGAAAAAUUUCCUCAAAUAUCUCAGCUUGGUACAGGUCAAGCUUAUUAUUAUUUUCUUAGUGGAUUUAUUUUAUUAGCACCUCAGUUGUUAAUUAUUUUAUUUGGUAGAGUUCAAUUACUCUUUCAAACACAAUAUAUAAUUCAUCGUGCUAUCAUAUGUAUUGUUCAUGUUCUUGCUCUUUUUUCUUGUGUUUUUAUGCUUAUUAUGGCUGCUGUGAGUAUUGAUACUAUUCCUUCGAUUCAUCUAACUGGUGCAUUUGGAAUGUUUGGACUUAUUUCAUUAUUUUGUCUUUUACAUACAAUUAUUAUUGUUUAUCUUUAUCUGCGUCGAUCCGAUGCUCCACAACAUUCGAAUAUUAUUUGGCCAAUAUGGUUUCUUAUUUGUAGUCUAUUACUGAUUGCAUUUUUCGUUUAUUGGCUCAUAACAGCACAGGGUAUUCCAGAAUAUAUUGCUGCAGCUACACCUUUUCUUUACUUUCUUGGUUUCGUACCACAAUUUUUUUAUGCAAGCAAGAACAAAAAAACGAGAUACUCUUUUACCUACUGUUAUGAGAUUCUCAAGUCAAGUGGAUACAUAAAUGAUGUUGUUAGGUUUUUUUAUGAAAUAAUAUUUUUUUAUAUGUAG